AUGGCUGACCAAAUUGAAGCCAUAAAACCGACAGGUCUACCUGAGGAAGCUGCUCUCAGCCAGGGUGUUGAUGAGAACGGACGUUUUUUCCCGCCAUGGAAUCGCCCUGAACAUGGAGAGCCUUAUCUCCCCGCGCCAGCUAAGUUUGCCCUGGCUCUAAACGAAGUAGGACGCGCACUUGGGAUGGGUAUAUGCACUUAUAUUCUUGCUUCUGUACCGUUCAUGCCAUUCUGCAUUCCUGAAGUCUACUUUACCGCCUACGAAUGGACCGAGAGGGACAAACGAAACUGGGACAGGGCCUCUUACCAACGAAAGCUAAGUCUCGUAUCCCAAGUAAGGCGUGAGGACCAUGCCAUUCCGAUCCGUCUCCUGACUUAUGGCUGUCCACAAGAUCUUCUGUCGUUUGAGAAAGAGGGUGCUCGCCUGUCUGGAGCUAUCAUCACAUAUGAUAGCCGCAUGUUUGUGGGCUGGUAUCGCGAAUAUGCCUCCCGUCGCAACGGCGACAGAAUGAAAAUUUCCGUGAAUCUCCUACAACAUCAGGCCUGGUUUAAUUCGAUGCACUGUCAGGACAAUUUCGCGGUCGUGCAACGCCUGCUUCGGAUGUGGAACCAUCCAGUUUACUACGGCGUCCAAGUUAUCGGAAACGUGCUGGGAAAAGUCGAUGACUUGAAACAGCGUUUUAUGGAAGCUGAAUCCAACGCCCUAGCGCUAGAAUCAAAACGUGACAGGGAUAUACCUGAUUACGAAAUCGAUCACCUUGAUCUGCGCCUCCUAGCGGGCAUUGCUCUCCACGACUACGAUGCCGAGUACACUGAAGGCUGCUGUUAA